CUCCUGGUCUCUUCGGAAAUGAAGGUCAUUGCUAUAUUCCUUGUCUUCAUCUUCUGCUGGACGACCUCCACCCUCAGCAGCUUCUGGCAGUUCCAGAGGAUGGUCAGACACAUCACAGGGCGCAGUGCCUUCUUCUCCUAUUAUGGAUAUGGCUGCUACUGUGGGCUAGGGGGCAGAGGGAUCCCCGUGAAUGCUACAGACAGGUGCUGCUGGGCUCACGACUGCUGCUACCACAAGCUGAAGGCUGGCUGCCAGCCCAUCUUGAAUGGCUACCAGUCCAGCAUUGUCAAUGGGACUGUGGCUUGUGAGUAG